UGCCCAUAGCGCGAAGUCCGUGAAGUUGAAGCCACCCAGGCGCGGGUGAGAGGGCAGUAUGGAGACUACAACAUUGAGACAGACGAGAAGAUAACGCAUUCCUGUUAACUAAAGAUUCCAUCAUUUCUACAUUCUUAAAUGGCUGGGGUGCCAGAGUCGCGAAAUCGAUCGUCUGCAACUCAGUCGAGCGAGAUGAGAGAAUUGGGGACUGUUAUUGUGUGCCUCCUAUUGGUGACAUGUAUUCAGUCGGAAGAGGAGGUUUCGUAUGAGACUGAAGAAAGGAAGCCGUGUACCUAUUUCUAUAGUGACAGGGUUGCCAAACCUGAGGGUGGUCUCGUCAAUUGUUCGUGGUAUUCAAACCAGGCAUGCUGCAAACGAACAGAGGUUACAUCUGUGUUUUCUAACAUAGAACCUCUGCAUUCAGCAACAAGAGCUUGUCGAAAUCAGCUUAACUAUCUCAUGUGCUUUUUUUGCAGCCCUGAUCAACAUUUGUGGUAUAUAGACCAGAAGCUGCGAGUUUGCGCAAAGUACUGUAAAUCUCUCUAUGAAGACUGUCGUAAUGCUGGUGUUGGCAAUCAAAUUAUUGGAAAAGAAUAUUCUAAUGGAUCUGCAUUUUGUGAAGCUCAAAACUUCGAAGUUGUUGAAGGAGCCAGCUGCUUUGAGUAUGAUCCUGAUGUCUUUGGAAUUGGCACCUUUCUAAUACCAACUGCUUUGUACAUGUUUGUUGGCCUCCUGGUAGUUCUGUUAUUAAAGUAAAUAUUCACUUUCAUAUAGCCAUAUAAAAGACAUUCCUGUACAUAGAUACGCAAAAGCAGUUUAAAAUAAGAUUAUUCUGUUUCAGUUAAUGAGUACAGUAUUUUCUAACAACGAAUGUUCAUUUAGUUCUACAUAAAUGCAUGAAAUGCCAGGUAAGAAAAAAAAACAUAAAAACAAAAAGGUAAUAUUGCAAAGAUGAAUGCUGAUUAUACGAAUGUUGUUAUCAUUAUUUCAUUCUACAAAUUAACCUGGCAGACAUAUCAAUGGCUGUCAGUGUCUAGAAGUCAGGAUUAUAACACUGCCAUUUAAGAAGGACAAUUUGGAUAACAUCUUACAGACUUUGUAGUAUUUAUUAUGUCUGAUUUAGGUGUUCUUUGUAACAUUUGUUUUUGUUUUUUUUUAAUCUACUUAAAUUUUUUACUACCAUCUCAGCUUCUUUUCUUUGGAUGCAAUUACAUAUUUAUAUUCUGGACAAUGAUUAUGAUUAUUUUUGAAAAUGAAGGUUUAUUUCAUUGCCAUUUUUUAUGAUGUGUUUUGAGCUGAAUACAAGUGGCGUUUUUUUUUUCUAUGUAGAUAUUCAAAUGAUCAUUGGAUGAUGUUAUUUGUGUAACAGCUAGGGGCGGUGAGGGUUGCUUAAGCAAUAAGCAUCUCACCACAAUACUAAGGAUCAAACACUGUGGUGGGUAUAGCUGGCUUUAAUCUUACACUGGUUGAUGUUUCCAACACAAGUGAAACGUUCACAAAAAUACUCAAAUUCCUGGGUAGGGUAAUUCUCAUACCUGUGCAACUCUCUAUAUAUAUAUAGCCUUUGUCCCUUGCCACUCCACCCUCUUAAUGCUCCUACCCCGAAUAUUUUAGAAUGUACACUGUUGCCACGGGGGUGGGAGGGGGAGAAAGAAUAGGGGGGCAUCUUUCUUGAUCUGAGGUCACAGGUGGCUAGCCAUGAGGUUAGAGAAUCCAGAGGAGAUCAGAGCUGACACCUCCUCCCCACCCAUCUCUCCCUUCUCUGGAAAAAAACCUUAGGAAAAAGCACAAUGACCUAACAUUUGUAAAGGCAAAGGUAAGUUUGGGAUUAUCCUUUUCAAAGGAUGCACACAUGGUAAUUUCAGAGAUUUAAGUGGUGAAAGAAUUUAGUAUUUAAUUUAUUUUUAGUCUUGUAGCCAAUGCAUGUAUAUGCUGUAGAUAUUCAGCAGAAGUACGUGUAGGGUGCAGUGACUUAUUUUCUUUUUAACAUGUAUUUUCAAGUAAUAUAAUUUUGUAUUUGUUUCUUAGUAAAGUUAAAACCAAAAUCA